AUCGAAGUGUUUCGCUGCCAUCUUAAAUCCUGGCUGUGGCCUCAAUCCAGCAGCGAAGCUGCCUAGAUCAUUUUGUGUUUGGGCGGUGGCUGAGUUCCCAAACGCGCGCGGAGACCCUGGGAAGGAGGAAGUAAGCGCGAAAGUGCUUCCCUUAAGCUUCUGAAGGUUGGCUGCAGUUCCGGCUACCUGUGUAGUCCGAGUUUCCACAGCCAGGUGCUACUCCACCAGUGACCCUGGACAGUAACAAAACAUAUAAAAGCCCGAGCCCAAACCCCGCCACCAUCAUAGAGAUGAGGUCUUGCUGUGUUGCCUAGUUUGGUCUCGAACUCCUGAGCUCAAGUGAAUCUCCCACUUUGGCCUCCCGAAGUGCUGGGAUUAUAGGUGUGAGCCACCAUGCCUGGCCAGGGCCUGUCCUUUUAUUUGUCUGUAGUUACUGUGGAAUCAAUAAGCCAUGGCAUCUAAGAAAUUUGCUGUUAAAUGUGGGAAUUUUGCUGUCCUCGUGGAUCUUCAUAUCUUGCCACAAGGUUCAAACAAAGAUACAAGCUGGUUUUCUGAACAGAAGAAAGAGGAAGUCUGUUUACUGUUAAAAGAAACCAUUGAUUCAAGAGUUCGGGAGUACUUGGAACUUCGCAAACAGCACAGGCCAUCAAAUGCAGAAUUCACAAGAUCUAAUCCCUUGUCCUUAAAAGGUUAUGGCUUUCAAAUCACAGCCUAUUUCCUCAAGAGAGGGAUACGCCUUCGCUGCAUCAGGAGCACACAGAAUGCUGAACUCUGUGUAUUCCCUGACAGAUUUGUGGUUUGUGUCAGUCAGCUUGCAUUCAGUCGUGAUCUUUUAGCAAAUCAGAAUGAAGAUUUGACAGAAAGAGUUCUCCAUGGAGUGUCUGAUUACUUUGCUGAGUGUGCAGAGAGUUCACUUCCUCCCAGUGCAAAGCUCCGAAGAAAUGCUCUGAAAGAAAUUGUGAAAAGAACGGAAACAAAAAGCAGUGUCACGAGCAAAUCACAGACCAGAAGAGACACUGUGGAAACAUCUAGUGACUCAGUGAUUGCAGAGAUAGCAAGGAGGAGGAAUAAUGGUCAGGCUUCCUCCAGUCCCCCAUCAGAAUCCACAGGACAAGCAAAGGAUUACAUAAAGACAGCUGAGAGCCACUGGGGGCUUCCUGUUCAAAAGCUGGAAAAAGUUAAUCAGACCCAGCCAGAAGACACUAGUGGCCAGCAAAAACCUCAUCCUGGGGAGCGGUUAAAGACAGGGCUUCUAAGCAGGAGCCCUGUCUGUAGCUGUGAGUCAGCAUCACCAGGUCCAAAACAAAGUCCACGAGUGGCCAAAACCCAACAGAAACGCAGGAACUGCAGCUCUGCGGAAGACUUCGACCACCACAGGAGAGUUUCUCUUGGAAGUGAUCGAUUAGUCCCGAGAGAAAUAAUAGUGGAAAAAAGCAAAGCCGUCAGGGUUUUGCCAGCUUCAGAGUUGUCAGAUCCAGGGUUACUUUUGAAACAAGAUUUGGCAAAAACCACGUCUAAGGAAGAGUUGCAUGUUUUGGAAAGUCUCUCCUCCAGACAUCUUAUGAAAAAUAACCCAGGGCAGGCACAGCAAACCGGCUCAGCCACAAACACUGAAAGAUUAUCUACAAUUCAGAACAGCCCAACCAAGAAAAGAAAGAAAUAUGAAAGAGGCCAUUAACACUGAAGAGGACUGCACCAUUGGAGUUGAGGACAUAGUGGCCAAACCUGUGACAAGAGAGCUGCGAAUAUAGAUGCCGGGAUGUUAAAGGAAUUAAUUAGAAUGACUAAUUUAAAUAGGAAGUAUGUUAUCUGUGUUAUGGCUAUGGUUUGUUUUCAAAGCAUUUCAAACCAGGAGGCUAUAUGCUUGUUCUAACAGCGUUGCUUCUUUAUCAUUGUAUUUUAUGACUGUCUUCAGAGAAUUAGUAAUGACAAAGAGCCAUCCACCUUGUCAGGGAGGAGACUGUGCAAGGACUGCAUGAAGAAACUGAUCAUGAGCCCCUUCUUGGCACAUCACUGUGCAGACCACACAAUGGAUCACGCAAAGACAGUGCUGCCGUGCUGCCAUUCAGCUCCAGGGGUACAAUCCAUCCCCCUGCUCCUCAGCCUGAGUAGGAGGGCAGUGAAGGAACAGGCUAGUGGUUCUUAGCAUGUGGUCCUGGGACCAGCUUCGUUGUCUGGAAAUGUGCUAGAAAUGUGGUUAUUGGGCCCUGCCCCGUGCUGAGUAACUGCCUUUGGGUGAUUCUGAAACAUGCCCGAGUUUGAGAACCACUGGACUAAUAGAACACUCCCCAGUGCUUCCUCCAGCCUGGCUGCCAUGGCCUCCAUCGAGCUCACCAGUUGGGGCCAGAUGUGCACAUGCAUCCCCUCGGACUCCCUCAAACUUGUAAAACACUUGGGUUUGGUGUAUGGGUCACUCUCUUCCUGGCUUCUACAGUAUGGCAGCCAUCGCACCCACGAAGGUGUUACUUACCCUUAUAAUUGUUGAAGUUGAUGGGCAAUUCUGCCCAACCUUAGGAGAAGACAUCAGAGAGGCUCGUUGUUGCCUGUAGCUCAAGCAUGUCCCAGUCCCUGCUCUUGCACCCACCUCCAGGAUUUUGGUUUGGGACAGACUAUAACCUAACGGGAACUCAGUGACCAGGUUCCAGUUUCCCAGUUGGAAGGCUUCACAGGCAGUUCAAAUUUCAAGACGGGAGCCUUCCCUUUACAAUGUCACCCACUGUCUCCAGUGGGCUUGCUGAAAUGUCACAUAGUGAAUUAUAGCAAUGACUUAUUUUGGAUGGACACCCGCUAAAAAUUUCCAAUAACCAAAUUUCAUUCUAAAAUAGGAAAGAAACAAUAUUCAAGGUCCAUUCAUUCAAUACAUCUUUUUAUUUUUUCUGUUCAACCUGGGGUGGUCCUUUGAAAUAGCACCUCCCCUAAGUAAUAAGGAAAACAUAGUAUAUUCCCUAAAGUGUUGAAGUUAGCAGAAAAAUCACCCAGAAAAGCCCAAAACAAUGAAAAGAGUACAGAAACAGGCAUAGUGUAGGUUCAUGCUUGAGAUGGAUUAGUGGUUUAUUCCAUCCCGUUCUAUCCUUUCCCAUAUCUCCUGUCCCCACUUGUUAAGACCAGUAAGACUCAUGAAGCAGCAGCUAUAUUUCAUGGCACCAUUUUGGGCCAUGAAAUUCCAUCUUGAUCACCAAACCUGACUAUGGUGGUAGAUACUGUUACUUUGAUGUUCCAAACCCUGCCUAGAAACCGUUCCUGUCCCAUGAUCCCAGCCUCACCACCCCCACUUGAAACAGCCCUGCCUACUGGUGUCCUGUCCUCUUCCCUCUUGGCUUUUUUCCUGCUCCCAGCGGAACCCAGUCAAGGGAUUCUAUAGGAGAAGAGGGAGCCCAACAGAAUGCUAACUUCAGUGGAGCUGACUCUGCUUAUACAAUAGGGGUGGGCUGCACAGAGUGGAAACCGAGUACCUGGUAGAAUGUGCAUUUCCAUGGCCCACUGUAGGCCCCUCUCUUAGAGCAAACAGUAUUUUAGGUGUGCUCUUUAUUGAACACAGGACCACAGUGUGUCAUUGAAUCUUCUUAAACAGAAGCAAUUAGAACGAUUUAUAUAUAGGGAGGGCACAAGUAAUAAAUAACCCAGGGGAUAGACCAAGAAGCAGCAGCUCUCUGGAAAAGAGUCUGGAAUUAAAAAGACAGCUGUACUAGAACAAUAGCCACUGCCUACUCCAGAACUAGGGGGGAGGUAUUUGAGCUGGAGCCACCAGAGAAAAUUUCUAUUGAGAAGUUUUUAUGUGUUUGUUGUGUUGGUUUUUUGUUGUUUUUGUUUUCUUCUAAUCUUUCUCCGAAGUAUCACUCUAGUAUUGAGAAAUUUUUCUUUCAUUAGCUAACCUGGGUUUGGUGGUUAAGGCUAGUACUUGUACUUAGAAUGAUUUCUCUGUCAAGAAAAGUCUUGGCUUCAGAGUUUGUUAUAGUUGGGGAUAUAACAAUUACUGUGAUCUAAGAGAAAAAAUAGCACCUUUGGUUGUAGAUAGAUGUGGUUUUCCUCACAGCCCUCACAUCCCUUCAUGUAAAAGGGAUUUUAACAGGAUUUACGGAGAGAAUGGCUCUCAGUUCCCACACUGUGACAUGUGUUUGAGGAAUUUUGCCUUUAAGCGUUUUUCUUGUACAUGGCUGAAACACCCCUGGCUCUCUUGUUAUUUGAGUGGUUGCAUGAUUCUUUGGAUAUUUGGAAGUACAAAGGGGUAAAUGGAUGCCAGGGGUUUUUUGUUGUUGUUGCUUAUUAGGUAGGAUAUGAAGAGUUCUCACUGUUGGGAAUGGUAUGUGUUUUGACAUUCUUUUUUUUUUUUUUUUUUUUUUGGAGACAGAGUCUCGCUCUGUUGCCCAGUCUGGAGUGCAGUGGUGCCAUCUUGGCUCACUGCAAGCUCUGCCUCCCGGGUUCAUGUCAUUCUUCUGCCUCAGCCUCCUGAGUAGCUGAGACUACAGACGCCUGCCACCAUGCCUGGCUAAUUUUUUGUAUUUUUUUUUUUUAGCAGAAACAGGUUCUCACCUUGUUGGCCAGGGUGGUCUCGAUCUCCUGACGUCGUGAUCCGCCCACCUCGGCCUCCCAGAGUGCUGGGAUUACAGGUGAAAGCCACCGCACCCGGCCUGUUUUGACAUUCUUAAUGAUCUUAAUAAUUUGGCAUCUGAAAGUCUGAAACAAUGUCAGUAUUCUUAGUCAAAAAGAAUAAGUUCUUCAACCACUUGCGUAGCACCCCAAAUUAUAUUCAAGUCCCUGUGACUCCAAUGCUUGGAGAAGUCAUUGAUCUGAUUUGAUUAAUGUUAUAACUUUGAAUUUCCUAACUUUCUCAGCAGCAUGGAAAUAGAUUGGUGUUGAGGUUAUUUUAAUGUCCAUAAACUAAGAAAGGUCUGGGAACAAAUAAUUUGGCAUCUGAAAGUCUGAAACAAUGUCAGUAUUCUUAGUCAAAAAGAACAAGUUCUUCAACCACUUGCGUAGCACCCCAAAUUAUAUUAAAGUCCCUGUGACUCCAAUGCUUGGAGAAGUCAUUGAUCUGAUUUGAUUAAUGUUAUAACUUUGAAUUUCCUAACUUUCUCAGCAGCAUGGAAAUAGAUUGGUGUUGAGGUUAUUUUAAUGUCCAUAAACAAGAAAGGUCUGGGAACAAUCUGUAUGAUUUUUCUUUCACAUUUUCUUAUCUUUGCCACUGGAGGUUAACUGUCGUCCAGAUAUGCAUAUGAAUUGUGAAAUGCAAAGAGGCAAACAUUUGGGGGUAGGGAAGUAAGUGCUGUAGUUCUUUUGUUCACUUAUUUUAAUACUAUAGAAGUGUAUUUCAUUUUAUAAAAAGCAAGAAUCAUAAAAACCCUCUGUAUUUUGAUUUAUGGAGAAUAUAGCUUAUCUCUGAAGUAUCUCAAGAUAUAUCUUGGGGACCACAAUGGGAUCACAGUGUAAUUGUUUGCUGUUGGUGUCAUGUUUGGAUUUUAGCAUGGUUUGUUAUGCAUGUCAGUGGCCUUUGAUUUCAGAAAGAGCUUGGCGAGGGCAGAACACAUAAGGGAAGGAAACCUCUGCUCAAGAGAAUGGCCUGGGAUCACAGUGUCGCCAUUCCCAAUUUCCUUGAAUUCCUUCUUGGCAGGCCCUACUGUAAUAUUUCCACAAAACUGUAAUGAGUGGCCCUCCUUUGGAGAUAACAGAUGCCUUUCCUAAGAACUCAAAAUUCUCUUUUCAGCGUGCUGUGACUUGAAUAUGGAAAUCAUUUUAAUUUCUUCUUUUCUCUUAUGAGGAAAUUGCCAUGCUUGGUUUGUCAAGACAAGAGAGUUCAUUCCUUAUUAUUGGAACAUUAAUGAAUUGAAACAUGUUGAAGCAAGUAAAAAAAAUCAAAAUUAGGUUGGUUUAUCCUAAAUAGUUAAAAGCCUUCCUUAGUACAAAAUAAAUUAAGCGUUGUAAAAUGAAGUUAAUUCAGAUAAUUACUCAGUACAGAAAUCUAACCGUAUAUAUCAUUGGUAUUGCAAUUUAAGGGUAUAAUUAAAUUCUCAGAAAUCUGCAGGACUCGCUCUAAUUUGCUUUCUAUAUUUAUUUAACAAGACAGGGAACAAAUAUGUGUCAAUAUUCAGCUUAACAGAGGGGACUUGAAUGGAUAAAAUUAUCUUUAAUUAUCUAGAGCUACCCAGUACUGGGCUUGAAUUUAAUCACAGACAAAUGUUUCCUUUGGCAGCAUAAUAUUACCAUACACCAUAUUACCUUAUAAUUGCCAUUACAGUUCCUUAUCAAAAAUGUUAAUUAUUUGCUUGAGCAAAAAUCAGUAAAACCAUAUGUUUGACCCUAAAGUAUUUGAUCAGGGAACAGAAGGUGUGAAUUGGACAGAUCCCCCGAAUAACUUUCUUCAAUCAAGUUGAAAAACCAAACAGCUAUGUAAGUCCCCAGGAGAGCUCUUUUUCCCUUAUCUUCUCAUUUGUUUUGUUUUAAACUGUUUAAAUAGUUCAGAUGGUUGUGGAUGCCUAGGAGAUGAAACUUAUAUAGUAGAAAUGUACUGUUUUAUGAAUAAAGAGUAAAAUUGUUUUAAAAAA